GGCGCUCGCUGCUUGUGUGCCGAGUGUGCAGGAACUUGGUGGUGGAUUGUCCGAUUGCUGCUGCAGCGUCGCCUCUCGCUGAAUAUGGAUACUGCAGCGACGUCGUUUGUUGAUGAUUGGUAAUUGUCUGCGAUUUUUUCCAGCUUCCUCGAGUGCAGGUGUAUGCGUGAUCGAAAUCUUUUGGCAGUGAGAAUUUCAGAGAACAGUUUAGCGUUCGCUUGAAUUGGCUUAAUAUUACAAUUCGAUUCCUGAGACUACAUGGGAGUAACGCAGCAGUUUUAGUGUGGGAGUGUUCUUAAGCAAUCCAGUUGAGAGAGGAAGCUGAAUCACCAUCAGAGAGGACCUCGCUGCUGAGAUGUCGUUGCGAAUUAAGGCUGUUGUAGAGAAUUUUGUACGGGAUUUGAAAGCAGCUUUAGAGGCUGACAUUCAGGACCGCAUUAUGAAGGAGAGGGAGAUGAACAGCUAUUUGGACGAGAGGGAGCGCGAAGUUGCGGAGAGAGAAGCUGCCUGGAAAGCGGAACUUAGUAGAAGAGAGGCUGAAAUUGUGAAGCAAGAAACGCGACUACGGCUUGAGCGUGAGAAUUUGGAGAAGGAGAAGAGUGUGCUUAUGGGAACAGCAUCCAGCUUGGAUAAUCAGGAUGGCGCGCUAGAGAUUACUGUUAGCGGUGAAAAGUAUCGCUGCUUAAGGUUUUCGAAAGCUAAGAAGUGAGACCUGUUGAUACAACUGGAAACUUUUCUUAGAAAGGUGUGUAGAUACACUUUGAGAACGACAACCGUAAAGAUUCUUACAUUCAAGGGGCAUCCAACAUAGUCUUGUUUACAGCAGAGCUUUGGUGCGGUUUGUUACAAAAGUUAGAGCCUUCAUUUACCUCCGCGUUGUAUAAGUAUGGAUCAUCUUUGACGAAGUGGAGAUUGUAUUUCUUGUGGACUUUUCAGCUUACAUGUUCAUAUAUUUAUAUACCAGUGGAGAAGCUGUAUGUAGCAGCAGAAGUAUUUCGUCAUUUGGAUCAACUGUGACCGUCGAACUUGUGAAGUUGCCUUAACCAAUAGUUCUUACUGCCGGUUCUCAAGAAUGCCACUUGCGCUUGUAUAAAGUGAUUAGAAAAACAUGAGUUGUUGGAGGAUCCUUGUGCCCCCGAGAAGUGAGCGAAUUCACUAGCCAUAGGUUGGGUCCACCAACUGGGGGUAGGCAGUAUGCUCAGAUUGACCUCAGGACAUCAUGUAAUAUUGUAUAAUUUCUUUGCCGAAGCUAAGAAAGAUUUGAUUAUUCUGCGUA